AUGUAUAAAAAGCUUCAGCAGUUUCAGCCACAUCUUGACUAUAGGAAGUAACAGAUUAUUCAUCUCAUCUCUGAUGUUGAAGACAUCAUGGCGAGUCCAGGUUUAACCUAUCGCAAGUGCACCAUUGAGAUUGAGAAUAAGUGCUCUGAGUUCACCCUGUGUAACCCUGUGUUGCACAUUUUCAGUGGAUCCUGUGAAAGUCCUCUGUCGCCAACACUUGCCCCGUCUGAAUCUGGCACAGCUCAGUUCAUCAAGACUUCUUACUCGGCACGUGGAGCUGUUGGAGUCUUCACUUACGAUAUCCAGAAUAAGUCUAAAGAGCUAACUCAUGGAAAAGUGGCUAUCAUGUUCUCUGUCCCUUUUGACUACAUGCUCUACUCUAAUGCGUACGCAGUGGGAGUCUUCGUCAAUGAUAAAAAGUGUGAUGGCAGCCUUUUUGAAGAGAUGUGUUACAACAAACAGUCUCCCCACACCCUCAAGGAGUUUGUCAGAGGGGAUGCUAAAGACUCCCAAAGUCUGACUCACAACAGUGAACAUGUUACCAUCCGAGCCACCAUGUCAGACAGUGCCACAUCUGUCGUCAAGAGUACCGCAGACCUCGUGCAUCAAACCUCGAUAUUCACCAACGUUUGCCCCCCCUACGUAAUGCUUCGGGUCCCGCAUUGGCGCAGCUUCACGGGUCAUCGGAGGCGACUGGCGCGGCUCCCCGGGGCGUCGGGGACGACUGGCAUCGGAGGCGAAUGGCAUCGGAGGCGAAUGGCAUCGGAGGCGAAUGGCAUCGGAGGCGAAUGGCAUCGGAGGCUUGGGCCCCGUCAUAACUGCUUGCAGUUCUAGUUUGAAGUUGAUUCUUCCCUGCACCUUAAUCCCAGUUGGCCCACUAAAACAGGCUGAAUAAGUUUGUCUUAUAGCAAAAGAUGAUUUUAUGAAUAAUGUCACUUUUUAUUCUCGGCAUUAGUUUGUCUUUUAAAUCUGAAUCUGUAUACACUUCUGUCAUUGUCUGGUUAGAUGCUACACUGCUCUUCCUUGUUGUGCUGCUGACUGUGUGAAUUACAUCAAGUUGAUUCUAAUCAAAUGUAAUCUACUGUUUGUGAUAAACACAUUUUUGUUUUUAUAAACACUUUUUUUUUUAAUUCUGUGAACAUGUGUAGUUCAUAAACAACGUGCCUGUGGGGC